AGAGGAGGGGGAGGAAGCCGGCGGCCAGAAACGGCAGUGGCAGCAGCGUCCGGAGCAGCCGCAGCCUUCUGGAAGCUCCAGGCGGUCUUUCUGCCGAGCCUCGGUCCCGGCCCCCAUCCUCCCCGCCCCAUCGGUUGUUGUCUGGGCGGGUGAGUGUCUCCCCCUCUCCCACCAGCGUUUGCUGGCUCACCCUCCCCUCGCCCCAGUUUUUCCUGGGGGCUCCUCAGGCUCUCGGGGACUGCGGCGGCUGCGGCAGAACAGGGCUGUUUCUCGGGCUUGGCGUUUCCUCGGCCGGGCUGGCGAUUCUGCACCGGGAGAAGCUCCGCUGCUGCCGAGCCCGCGCCCCCCGCGAAGAGCCUGCAAUUGGGUAUUCUCUGCAGGAUGUCAGAGUCGGGGCUUUGCAGGCAAGGGCAAGAUUUAAACAGUCAAGUAAAAUCAAGCUGGGUAAUCAUGGCAGAAGGUGGAUUUGAUCCCUGUGAAUGUGUUUGCUCUCAUGAACAUGCAAUGAGAAGACUGAUCAAUCUGUUACGGCAGUCCCAGUCCUACUGCACAGACACAGAGUGUCUUCAGGAAUUACCGGGACCCUCUGGUGAUAAUGGCAUCAGUGUUACAAUGAUCUUAGUAGGCUGGAUGGUUAUUGCAUUGAUCUUGUUCUUACUGAGACCUCCUAAUCUAAGAGGAUCCAACCUACCUGGAAAGCCAACCAGUCCUCAUAAUGGACAAGAUCCACCAGCUCCUCCUGUGGACUAACUUUGUGAUAUGGGAUGUGAAAAUAGUUAACACCUUGCACGACCAAACGAACGAAGAUGACCAGAGUACUCUUAACCCCAUUAGAACUGUUUUUCCUUUUGUAUCUGCAAUAUGGGAUGGUAUUGUUUUCAUGAGCUUCUAGAAAUUUCACUUGCAAGUUUAUUUUUGCUUCCUGUGUUACUGCCAUUCCUAUUUACAGUAUAUUUGAGUGAGUGAUUAUAUUUUUAAAAAGUUACAUGGGGCUUUUUUGGUUGUCCUAAACUUACAAACAUUCCACUCAUUCUGUUUGUAACUGUGAUUAUAAUUUUUGUGAUAAUUUCUGGCCUGAUUGAAGGAAAUUUGAGAGGUCUGCAUUUAUAUAUUUUAAAUAGAUUUGAUAGGUUUUUAAAUUGCUUUUUUUCAUAAGGUAUUUAUAAAGUUAUUUGGGGUUGUCUGGGAUUGUGUGAAAGAAAAUGAGAACCACGCUGUAUUUACAUUUACCUUGGUAGUUUAUUUGUGGAUGGCAGUUUUCUGUAGUUUUGGGGACUGUGGUAGCUCUUGGAUUGUUUUGCAAAUUACAGCUGAAAUCUGUGUCAUGGAUUAAACUGGCUUAUGUGGCUAGAAUAGGAAGAGAGAAAAAAAUGAAAUGGUUGUUUACUAAUUUUAUACUCCCAUUAAAAAUCUCUAAUGUUAAGAAAACCUUAAAUAAACAUGAUUGAUCAAUAUGGCAGAUGAUUUACAGUCCAUUAUAUGACAUUUGUAAGCCACUCAACACUAGCCUUACAAGGUUCACGAAAGGAGGAAAACAUUAAUUCUUUCUGCCUUUGCUGGUAUAAUCCACAUAGUAAUAAUUUAAGCUAUAAUUUAUUUUUAAAAUGAGUGCCUCUUGGGAAGCUUCUUUUCUGUUCUAACACUUCCCUGUUAAAAUGAAAAUCUUAGGCCAGUGCAGUGGCUCACACCUGUAAUCCCAGCACUUUGGGAGGCCGAGGUGGGUGGAUCACUUGAGGUCAGGAGUUCGAGACCAGCCUGGCCAACAUGGUGAAACCCUGUCUCUACUAAAAAUACAGAAAAAUUAGCCAGGGUUGGUGCAUGUGCCUGUAAUCCCAGCUACUCAGGAGGCCAAAGCAGGAGAAUUGCUUGAACCCGGGAGGUGGAGGUUGCAGUGAACCAAGAUCGCACCACUGCACUCCAGCCUAAGCAAUAGAGCGAGACUCCCUCUCAAAAAAAAAAAAAAAAAAAAAAGAAAA